ACACCAUUUCCACCGGAACUUGCACACUGCGUGUGUAACAGAGUCCUGGCUCCAUAACUUACAUCGCUGUGACAUUUAUUUGCAACAACAUAAAGGGGCAGUGGAAGUUGCCCAUGUUUGUUGUUUGAGUCGGCAAUGGAGCGAAGUGUGAAACGUAAGGUGCUAACGCUAGGAAGGCUGGCAGGAGGAGGAGCAAAGGUGCAACAAGCCCGGAAACGAGUUACCACAACUCAAAGGCAAGCUGAACCUGCAUACUCUCUGUAUUCAUCGGACCCUCAAGAGCAGGUUGACAGUCUGCAUUCUGGACUAGAUCGCUGUGCUGCUUUGCUUACUGGCAUACUUCAGGUGCACAAGGCAGAACCCUUAACAGGACCUCUCAAAGCAGUGAAGGGCAGUGCCGCCAAACCAAAACUGUCCAAUCUAGUGAGGAAAAAGAGCUGCAGAAAACCCCUUACAAAGACAGAACAGUAUUCCAGUAUGGCCCCGGAAGCACAAUGUCUGCCUGCAGUGUCACACACAGAAUUCUCCUCCUCAGGGCGACCUAUGCAUGCUCAGAACGACCGUCAGCAGCUUUGCAGUCACCACCAGGCCUCCCUCAAUGGCGAGGAAGUUGACGCUGUGCCUGUGAAAGACAGAGACACCCAAACGCUGAGCCUGCAAAAGGAACUGACCUUCACUCAAUCCCAACUGCAGGAGCUUCAGGUUGACCUCGCAGAAGUGAAGCAAUCUCUUGAGUACACAAACAAUCAGCUGCAGGAAAGGGAGGCGGAGAACGCGCAAAUCAAAUCAGAUUUGGAGAGCAUUAGAACCAAACUAGUCCACAGUGAGCAAGCAAAGAGCAGGCUGGCAUCACUUGCCCAAGAAAGACUGGAAGAGAUAGAAAACCUCAAGAGGAUUAUUCUCAAUGACAACAACGCAGUUGUGGGCCUCUCUCUGUCAGACACAGCGCCCAGGGAACAACGUUAUGAUCGGAACGCCGCCGCUGAACAUAUCAUCACUAAGUACUUGAUGACUCUUUGCCAGCUGGAGGCCUCACACGCUGGUGGUAACGUGCAUUUGGCCACAGAAAGUGAAGGAAACGCACCAGAAGAAGCCAACAUGAGCUCAGUCCUGUCUGGAAGAGGGUGCACACAUCCAGACUGUGUCGCUCGUAAGGGAGUUGGAUUAUCAGCGCAGCCGAAAGAAAAAGAGUGCCGGCGACUGUUUGACUCUUUCCUCUCUCAGCGCGAUACAGAUUCUAUCUCAUGUGACUGCAGUUUGAGGUCCAUGUCGACCUUUGACACCAAAGAUGAGGCGGCAUUCCGAGAUGGACUGGCUGCUCUGGAUGCCAGCAUAGCCAGUUUACAGAAAACUAUGAAACUGGAUUUAUUGAGAUGAUUGUGCUCAGCUCUUUUUUGCAAGUUUUUGAUUUAUUUUAAAACAUUUUAAUGACACGCAAAACUGCUAAUAAAUACAUCUUGCAUUUA